AGAUAAUGGCGAGAUGAAGCACUUUGUCCAGACAACCACUGGGGGCGACAGGUAACGGUGCGUUCGUUGACUUGAUUGGAGAUGCAGGUUAUUAUAUCGGCUGCAUGUUUUCCUGAGAGCAGCUAUUUCACCGUGGACUACAGUCAUUGUCGCUCUCCAUUACUCAAGGGCUUCAUUCUCUAAGAGGAGUUCGAUCAUUGGCUCCUCAGCCGUGGCUGUGUCUGUCAUCUCACUGUGAAGCAGCGGAAAUUACAGCUCGUAAUGUUCAACCCGCACAUCCAUCAGCAGCAGCAACAACAGCAGCAGCAGCAGCAGCAGCAGUUUCACCAGCAUCUGCGGCAGCUACAGCAACUUUUCCAGCAGCAGCCUCCGCCUCCCCCUCCGCCGCAGCCGCCUCCUGGGCAUCAUGUCGCCCAUCACCACCACCAGACACCGCGACCCAUGCCUGUACCUCCGCAGGCUGCCCCUUCCCCCAGGAUGGUCAACCUGUGCCAGACGACCCAGACUACCAUCCUUGCUCCUAAUCCCAUGCUGCAGGGGGCCAUUCUAAUGCAGCAGAUGCAGGGUAACAUGCGGGGCUUUGGGAUGGGGGGUGGGCAGCAGUUCCGUCAGUUCUUCGGUGCCAGGUCAUCUCUGCUUGGGCCAGUUCCCAUGGGCAUGGCCAUCAAGCCUCCUAUCAUGGGUUUCCCUGCUGCUCGACCCUUUCACCCACACGCUCGCUACUACAACAACAACAACAGCAACACCACCACCACUACAGCCACCAACACAGCCCCUUCCUUUUCCUCUUCAUUCUCCUCUUCAUCCACCACCACAGAUCCCAUAGUUCAUCAGCCAGACAAGAAACAGGAGAGUGAGCAGUUAGCAACAGGGAGCACAGAGGACCAGCCUGCAGCGAACAGUACCAGUGAACCCAACAAUACAUCUGAAACAGUGUCGGUUUCACCGUUUCCCCUAACAGUUGUAGUGGUGGAAGAAAAAGAUGGACCCACACAGGUCUUGGAGGAGCAAGUGGAAGAACCUGCAGUGAAAAAGCGGAGAACAGAGGGGUCAGAGACAAUAACUAUUGUAGAUGCCGAGGCUAAGGUUCCUUCUGCAGAGUGCAACAACAACACAGAAGAGUGUCAGCCUGACGAUUGCGUCCUUUUGGAAGGAGGUUCCUCAGUGGAAUCAGAUGUUGAGAUGCCGGAGGAAAGCGGAGCUGAUGAGAGCUGUUUGUUUGCCCCGUCACCCUCCGGCAGACUUGGUGAAGAUGACCAGCAGGUUGAUUUACUCGAAGAGGAGCUGCCACUGGAGAAAGACAACUCCUUGGGUUCACCAGGCAACCACGAUGAAGGGGAGGAGGGCGUAGCUGACGGCACCAACAAGUUUUACUGCUACCUCUGCAGUAUUACCUGCCACAACCAGCAAAAUUUCAGGAGUCACAUGAACAGCAUUUCCCACCAGCAGAGGAUGAUGGAGAUCCAACACAUGAGCAACGCCUGUCUGGUCACACUACUGCCACGAGUGCAGGAGACUCUGCAGGGAGCAAUGAAAGAGGGAGAGAAAAAGGCAGACUUGAAGCGUUGGUGCGCCACCUGUCACACCCACUUCAGCAGUAGCAUCAUGGAACACCGUCGCACAGAGGAGCACAAACUUGCCAGUAGAACAGCCAUCUCCUCUUGCAUGGUCUGCAAGAAACACUUCAGGACCUCCCAGAUCUUUGUGGAGCACUUGCAGUCCCAGGAGCACAAACAGAAAAUGGACAAGCUCCAGGAAGAGGACGGCUGUGCAGCCUUGGCCAAACUUACUGCCAUGGACACGGACGGCUUUUCAAUGGAAGAGGAGGAGGGCAGUGAAGGGGAGGAGGGAGAGGAAAGACAGACAAAUAAUGAAGAAGAAGAUGUCUCAGAGAAGCAGGAUGACUCGUCGUCCCUUAAAGAAGUGACUCUGAAGAACAUGGGCAGUGAUGAGCAGUAUGAUCCUGACACAGUCUACGGGUCCAGUUUCUUUGUUCCAGUCGCAGGUUUCAUUUGCAGACUUUGCAAAAAGUUUUACCACUUUGAAUCCUCUGCCCUUCACACUCACUGCAAAUCACUGACGCACUUCGAGAACCUCAAGAGCUACAGAACAUUGCUCAGUCAAAAGGGCGAGGUUGCAAAAUCUCCUAGAGAAUCUCUCUCGGCUACAGACAGCCUCAGGCCUGUAACGGAAAGCACCGUAGACGGCUCAGAGGACAAUUCCUGUGACUCUGGUUCAGUGACGGACCAGAACUCAGAACAAGUGCAGUCCAACAUUACAUUAACUCAACAUGAGGAAGAAACAGAACCUGACCCGACUGCACAUGAGUCUCCCAACACCUCAGCGACCUGCACAGACCUCAGCCUCCACAGCAAAGACGACGAGAGUGCAUCCACCGCUCCCCAGGAGACUCCUGCUGAGCUGCCUACUGGCAGCAGAGAGGAGCCAGACUCUGAGCUGACAACAACAGUAGAGGAUGCUAAUGAAAAGAUGGAGGAAGAGGAGGAGGAAGUGGUGGAAGCUCCUGCUAUCCCAGGGAAAAAGAACGGCACAGGGAAGGCAAAAGCUGCACCCAAACGCAGGUCAGGGAGGGCCUCAAACAGACGCUGAGUGUAGAAAAGACGGGAAACCUGGUACAACCUUAGUGCAGGAUGUAUCGGUACGUGAACCGGUGCUUUCAUCAAACAGCGACCAAGAAAUACACAACACAGCCUCUCUCUCUCUCUCUCUCUCUCCACACUGGAAAAUUAAACACACAAUUAAAUAGGAAUGUUGAUGAUGAGGGACUGUUGUGGAACAUGACCUGUCAUGUGAAUUGGUGUCCCAGGGUGGGGCAAUUAAUGUCUGACACUUUUAUUUUGUCUCACAGUUGGAUUGUAGUCUUCUUAAAGUGGGAUUACAGGCGAAUUAAAUUACAGUAUUUAGCAUUUGACCCUAAUGUAACACAUUAAUGUCAGUCUUGGAUCCAUGUGGCAUAAUUACAUGUAGCACCAAGUGUUUACACCGGCAGCUGUUAAUUGGAUAUUUUUUGACAGUUAUGUCUGAAUGAAUCUUAAUCAUUUGGAUUAUCCUUUGGUCAUUCUUUGCUUGAUCCUGUUAAAUAUCACAUCUGCAACAUCCCAGAGGGUAAUUUCUCUGAGAUUAAUGACUUUUGCUUUGGCAUGAUCACAAAUUACAGGUGUACAAGGUCCAGUGAACUUAAAAAUGGAUUUCUUUGAAAUUUGAUUCCCCCAAAGCUCCACAUGACAUAUAGUAACUCUGGUGUUGUAACAUACUUCACAUACAUCAAUAGCAUUACUGUUAUUGACCAAAUACUCAAUUUUAAUGACAUUUCCAUGAGCCUCAGAUGUAAAAAAGCAACACUUUAGAUUCAUGAUCUUGUUUGAGUAGCAGUAUUCUCAAUCAGUUACUCUUCAAGUAGGUGAAUGGUGGGUCAUAAUGAUGGAUUCAUCUACAUGUUGAAUUAGUGAACACAUUUAUGGUUUUCCCACACACCUUUCUAUAUAAUACAAUCCGUUACUACCUUUUUGACACUAUAUGACUGAGGUUAGGGCUAGAUUUUCUAUCCAGCGGUUUCUGCCUGGAUUAAAAAAAACAAAAUUGUUCAUUUUACACCCUGCUGUCCUCAAGGAUCAGCAAUUUGAUGAGGGCUGAUUUUUCAAAAAUAUCUAGCAAGUUAGACAAACGAUAGUUGACUUGUAGCAAAAGCUUUCAAGUGUAAAAGACUGAUGAUGGUCAAGUGGAGUCGUUCUCCACACUGCUAACCAUUUAGCACAUGCUUUUAGUGAUCUCAAAUUUAGAAAUACGGUGUAUGCUUCUGAUUUAAAAGUGUUACAGUGGUACUUUGAAAUGAUGAACUGUCAAAGUGACGGUAGCAGGAAAGUUGUCAGCUGCACUGGGAUUUUCACUGAAACAGCGUUUGUUGGUCCGCCAUCAGAAAUUAUUUUUUUAUUUUGUUGUAUUUGAAGCAGCCUUUCGUCAUGUCGGGGAAAAUGAAAGGCUUCCUGCUGACAAACGUGUAACAACUGUCACCGACUACUCGUGCUCACAGAAACAUGUCUGUGUCGUGCUGGUUUUGAAAUUUCAAACAUGGCUUUGAAGAUUUUUGCUGCUAAAAACUUAACAGGCUGCAGUUUGUUUGUUCUUUUUUGGGUGUGUUGUUGUGGACUGCGUCCUCUGAGAAAACCCACUUAUCACUCUUUAUACUCAGAAUUCGUAAAGCUAAAAGGUUUUGGAUGGAAUCAAUCACGUUUGCCGUCACAUUCCCAUGGAUGUUUGUCGAGUGUGCCUGCAUUAGAACAAUAGUUUGUUUCCUAGUUCCAUGGAUGAAAAAUCCCUCUGAGCAUUAACAGCACAAAAAUAUAAUAAGUGGUUGUUUGUGCUCUUUUGCCACUGUUAUGAUUUUUUUCUUUUUCCUCUCAUUGAAGAUGCUUGAAUUGCAAUGCACUGGACAGUUGAAAACACUUGAGUAACAGUCUCAGUAUUAACUGCAAGAAAAACCCGUGAAGUAUCUGUAGUUAUUUAAUUUAGCGAAGGAUCUUAAACUCUGGUGAGAAGCAGCAGUAAUACAGAAGGCUUUCACACACACAUUUAAGUUUGGUUCCUGUGUCUCAGCAGUCACUUGUCAACACAAGACUCAUACAUGUAUAUAAAGGUGUAUUAUUUCCUUCUUCCUGACUAGUGAGGGUAUUUUAUUUACCACAAAAGGGCGACUGUUGAUAGGCGUAACAACUCCUGUCGUCAUGGCAGUGGCUGUCACAUGAUCAGUAAUGUGUAAGGUCCCAUCUGAAGGAAGAAGACAUGAGCAGGAGAGAGGACAGCUGUGUGUUUCUUACUGCAUUUUUAUUCAGCUACUGACAAACUGAGAUGAACAAACAGGUGAUGUUUUCUAAUCGCUGGAAGUUUAAUGUAUUUUUGGAUGUUUGCUUUUUUGUUGGGGGAUAUUUUAAUUUAUAUUAAAAAUGUCUGACAAUUUCAACAA